ACAUAUCGUAAAGUAACCAUAGAGAUGUAAGAUAUUUCUAUAGAAGUAACGUAAGUCAACGUAUGUUCCGCCAACGAAUAUUUUAUAACUCUGGAAAAGAAAAUCUAAUUAUGGAGAAUGAAAUGGAUAAUAUUGAAGUUUGGUGCAGGGAUUGCAAUAAUAUAAUAGAUAUUACAGAGGAACAUGAUUGCCCUAUUUAUAACAGUAACAAUAGUGAUAUUAACACAAAGAGCAAAAAUGAUUAUAUCGAAAAAUUAAUUACUGAAGUAUUCGAAAGAGAACCUUUAUGGAACUCGUCCCUGCCUUAUAAGUUCAGAGGUCCAUCAGAUAUAAAAGUAUUAUGGGCUGAAAUAGAUAAUUGUUUAGGUACAACUGCUGGUACAAGCCAGAUAAAGUGGAAGAAUAUAAGGGACCGUUUCGUAAAAGAGCAUGCUUUAGAAUGUGCUUAUAUCCCAAGUGGUAGUGCAGCUGUAAAAAAGAAGAGUACUUGGUCAUUUUAUGAAAGUUUACGUUUUCUGACACCAACAAUAAAUUAUAGAAGGACAAAAAGUAACAUUGAAAAUAUAGAUCCAACUGUACCUUUAGCUUCAGCAAAAAAAGAAUCAGAUGAAUCCAUUAUUUCACUUAUUUCUGGACCAAGUACCAGUACAGAAAAAGAAGAUAACAUUUCGCACAAAUCAUUAUUACAUAAUAGAACUUUAUUAAAACCACAAUUAAUGUAUCCGAAGAAGAAUUACUGUAAGCAACUAUACAACGAUUAGUUAUUUUUUUUAUUCUCUGCAUAUUUUAUUUAAAAUUCUAUUUUGAUUUUUUUACACAGCUUUCACACUUUCAUACACAUUAGAUUCAGAUAGCUGUGAUAUAAAAAACAAAGCUUUUGAAGAAUCAAUGUGUAGAACAAAAGGCACCA